GGCGUCCUUUUACUACGCUUUUUUUUUUUUGACGGGGAUUUCCUGAGGAAGUCGGAGCGAGGGGGCUUUCCAGUUACUCGAAUUGACAUCAACAGCGCACAAGGUUUCAGCGCUGGUGGAUUUUUAGUUUCUCCACGGGCCAGAUUGCGCAGUUUUUUUCUCCACACUGGACAUCCGACCAUGAAAAGGUUUGGUGUCUCGGCGGCCGCAGCCUGGGUGAGAAGCAGCGAGGACGGAUUUCUCUGUGAAUUGUAGUCGUUGGAGACGUUCGCGGUCUCUGGGAGCGUUCAUGAAGUGGCCAAGCCGCCGAGGCUCCGGCUCUUACAUUGUUCAGAGGCGAAAAACAGUUCUGCAAUAUCGGACGACGUCCAUAACUGAUUCAUGUCAUGUCCUUGCCGCGCCGUGUGGAUGGGCGGGAGCAGCAGAUUGCUCUGCAGCAGCAGCAGUCCUUCCUCCCGCUGCGUGGUGGUUUUCAGGACCACUUCAUCAUGCCUCCCGAGCCCAAGUACUGCUGCGAGCACUGUCGCAUGGUGCUGUGUAAUCCUCGGCAGACUGAGUGCGGACACCGCUUCUGUGAAAGCUGCAUUAACCAGCUGCUUAGUAAACCAAAUCCGGUGUGUCCAGCUGAUAUGGAGCCAUUAUCUCUAGAUAAAAUAUUUCGUGAUGUUUGCUGCAACAGAGAGAUUAUGACACUGAAAGUCUACUGCCGCAGUGCGAAAAAUGGAUGUAAAGAACAAAUGAGUUUACAGCAGGUUACGGACCAUUUGAACAUGUGUGAGUACUUUGAGGUGCCCUGUCCAUUGUGUAAAGAGAAGAUUAUGAGGAAGGACAUGCCUGAACACUUGAGCCACAAAUGCAAAUACCGUGAGACCACCUGUGAAUUCUGCAAGCACAAAAUGGCCUUAACGGAGCUACAGAAACACAAAGAAACUGUUUGUCCUGCAUUUCCAGUAUCAUGCCCGAAUCAUUGUUCAUUUUCGUCCAUCUUAAGAAAUGAGCUGUCAAUUCACCAGCAAGAUUGUCCAAAGGCUCAAGUCACAUGCUCAUUUUUUCGUUUUGGCUGUACCUACAAGGGUUUGAAUCAGGAAAUGAGGGAGCACGAGUCAAGCUUUGCCUCAGAACACUUGCGCCUGAUGAUGGCCAGAAGCAAUAUGCUGGAGGCCAAGGUGGAGGAUGUCAAGAAUGAGCUGUUGGAGCGAUACACAGUUCUCCCAAGUCUAAGCAGUCGUCUUACAGAAGUGGAGGAACAGUACAAAGAUAUGAGGGAGAAAUAUCGACAAGUGGAGCAGAAACUAUCCAGCAUGCAGAAGCUAAUGAGCGCGCACUCCGAGAAACUGCUGGAGGUGGAGAUGGAGCUGAGGGAACUGCGGUCAUUAAGGGCCAUGCGUGAGGAAGUGGAAGCUCUGAGGGGCGCUGUGGAAAGUAUGCGCUCUGUGGUAGCAUCACUCGACUCUGUCCGCACUGGGUCUGGUGCCCACACGUUAACCACAUUAGAGACACAGGUGUCACGGCAUGAUGAGCUGCUCAGUGUGCAUGACAUUCGUUUGGCUGACAUGGACCUUAAGCUGCAGGUGCUGGAGACAGCCAGCUUUAAUGGAACUCUUAUUUGGAAGAUUCGUGACUACAAGCGGCGCAAGCAAGAAGCGGUGGCUUCUAAAACAUUGUCGCUUUAUAGUCAACCCUUCUACACAGGCUAUUUUGGGUAUAAGAUGUGUGCACGUGUUUACCUGAAUGGUGAUGGCAUGGGAAAGGGCACACACCUGUCACUGUUCUUCGUGGUGAUGCGUGGUGAGUAUGAUGCGCUGCUGCCGUGGCCUUUUCGCCAAAAAGUGACACUCAUGCUAAUGGACCAGGGUCCUGCACGCAAACACUUGGGUGAUGCCUUCAAGCCUGACCCAAACAGCAGCAGCUUCCGGCGGCCAACAGGGGAGAUGAACAUUGCCUCGGGCUGUCCACUCUUUGUCGCCCAGACUGUUCUGGAGAACGGCACCUACAUCAAAGAUGACACCAUCUUCAUCAAGGUCACAGUGGACACUUCAGACCUGCCUGACCCAUGACACCUGGACAGUUAUCCCAUUGGUCAGUACCACUGUCAUUUUCUUGUCACUGAAACUCAAAGUGCUAAAUAUUUCAAAUAAAUAUUUCAUUGGUCUGUACCACACCCCUUAGACUGUCACUUUCGGUCCAAAGUCAGGUUUCUCUCCUGAAGGCCUAGCACUAAACAGACAAAAAUGCAACUGUAGCACAAAUACAGGGUGAUUCAGAAAAUUGUUAACACCUAUAUGACACUACAGCAUUGUAACACUGUUACACAAUGAGGAUGGGUUACUAAUUACAGCCUGUUAAAUGUAACUUCAUUGCAUUGCCUCCACUUUUGCACCAACAAACAACAGUACUCUAAAGAAAAGAACAGAAAAGAAAAAUGUUGCCAAUAUGUGCUAACAUUUUUUGAAUCACACUGCCUAUUUUUACAAUUACAGCAUAAGGGCUCGGUGAUAUGAUAUCACAAUUAUGAUAUAAUCAUAUGAUACAUCAUGACAGUUUUCUAAGUAUCGUCAUUUAUUGUCAGGAGAUGAUAAAGCCCUACUGGCAUCUAACAGUUCUGAAAAUACAACCUUUAGCCUUUGAAAGAAACUUUCUUUCCAAAAUAAGUGCUUUAUAAAAGACCAGCCUGUUUGAAGGGGAAGCUCAUUAAGCCUGUAGUUCAGACUUCAGAGAGUUCUAGUAUAAAGCUGAUCAUCAACAUACUUGGUUAUCAUCAUUGAAACAUUUUCUGAUCAGAUCUAGCUUGUUCUCAGUAAAAUCAAGAAUUCAAGAAAAUACUAUACUUUAGAGUGAAAAUUUCUUCUCAUUUCACUGAUGCAAAUUAUUUUCUUUGAUUUUCAGCUCUUUCCCUGAAAACUAACCAAAAACAACAUUUUAAAACUUUUGAAUAGCAGUGCACAUUCACUUAUUCAUUUGGAAGGCUUUUUAUAUCCAGUGCAGUUUUUAUUGAAUGUGAUUUGUUUCAUGCCAGAGGGCCCGGUGCUCGUCACGGAUGUUACGAGGUCACAGGAUUGGGGAAAACAGAGCAGAAACCGAUGAGAAGAAUCAACCAAACACAAGAGUGGGCUGAUGGUCUCAGGCUGGUAUUCCUGAGACAGUGUAGGCACAGUUGCUUGAGUGACAGUUUGUGCUCUGCUUUGGAUCAUGACCAGGGUAGAGGGGGUCUCAGAUAGCCACAGUGUUCAAGAUGGAGCAACAAGAGCAAAGGGUUUUCACCUCUAAUCAAACAAAAGUAUGUCAUUGUCUGUGCUGGUACAGACUUGAAGAAAGACAAAAUGUUAGGUAAUGAUGCCAGCAUGAAGAGUUACCUUUCAGCCAGAAAAAGUAAGAGGGAUCCGUUUGUUCUCUGUAACAAAUCCAUGAGUGGGCCUCAUUUAUCAAUCUUGUAGUAAAGUGUGUAAAUGUUUUUAUAAGGCAAAACAAACUGGAAAUUCCUGUAAGAUUCCUGUAAAAAAAAAUUUAUGCUCCAGUGAAUAUGUAGAUAAAUGCCAGUCCACUGUUUUUCAUUUAGUGACACCCACAAAACUGAAAUGUAGCUCAUGGAGAGAUUAAAGUAACAGAAUGAUGACUUGUUGAAGAGAGUUCUUCCUAACCAUGCUACAACCUCCAGUAGUACAGCCCUGGCUAGCACAGACACACACUAACUACUCAUCCCUCUCCCAUUCUAGGGUGCUGUUUCUUUACUCCUAACUGAAUGGCUAGUGGUGUUCAUUUAAUUUAUAGAGUUUUUUUUUUUUUCUGGGGGGGGGGUUGCUUUCUUUCAAGUCAUUAAUAUGAAAAGUGUUUGACAUAUUAAAUUUGUGUGUAACUGAAAUAAAGUCAGUCAAAAAAUAAAUGGGAGAUUGACACUUAAGGUCUCUCAUACUGUAACUCAAAUUAUAACUGUAACCCAAAUGAUCAGAUUUAAGUCAUAUAAUGUCCUUGAUAUGCUGAUUUUUAAAAAAUAUAUAUAUAUAUAAAUAGUUUUUCAAACUAACUGGAUUUUGCUGAAUACCAUAUUUCUGAUGUAAAUGCUCCUAUGAAUGAAUAGCAUUGUUCAUGUCUAGCUUGAUAAAUGAGGCCCAGUAUCUGUAUUUCAUGUAAUUGAUUUGACAAAUAAGCUUUUAUUAUUUAGUUAAAAGGAGUGUCCAGUGAUGUUUAUACAGAGAAGAGCAGUGUGUGUAGAAUUGUUUGUGUACGCACGGUGGGAAAACUUCCUUUUCAGAUAUACAGGUAAUGAAUUGUAAUGGACCUGUGCUGUAAAGCAUGAAGAUGAAAUACAUUGUGGCACGAAAAAAAUAUUUAAAAAAAUUAAACCCAGAACAAUUUUGCAUGUUAAAAAAAACAACAAAAUUUAAACAAGACUAAUUUCCCAAAUUUGUUUACUGUUCUGACAUUAUUUUUUGUAAUGUUAAAUAUUGAUGGAUGCUGUGCAUCAGAAUAUAUUGUUUUUUUUGUUUGUUUGUUUUUUUGUUUUUUUAAACACCGUUUGUAAUACUAGCCUUUAAAGUCUACAGCUAUGCUGACAAACAUUUACAGUUAACCAGAUUUUUCAAGAAGAAUAUUUGCACAACCAUUUUAUGGUUUUUGUAUGUGUAAUUAAAAUGUAUAUGAAUAUUAAAUACACAAACAUUUUA